AUGAGUUCAAGGACAUCUGAUAAUGGGAGAGAAUCUUCAAGGGGUUCAGAAGGGAUUUGGCACCCUACCCGCGAAUGGCCGGAAGAUGACGAGCAGAAUGCCGAAUACCACGCCGCACUAGAGACGUCCAGGGACGAUGACGCACAGGACGACAACAUAUCCAAUGAAGACCAUUCCCACAUCAGCAUCGGAAACAUUCAGAUUGAGCUUACAGCGGAUGAUUCGGACGAGAGUGAGGAUACAGACGACCUGAAUGAGGGGCAUACACGCGUCCCAGCUUCCCGAUUGUUCGAGCUGCUUGCAUCCAGUGGUUUACAACAUAUCCUCCAAGCCAACGGCUGGCCGACCGCCAUGGAAGAAGAACAAGAGCAGCUGGAAAAUGAAGACGAUGAGUUAAGCGACGAGGAUUUCAUGCCCAUAUUCCGAAAUCGCCUUCGAGCCAGACGAUCCACAGAAAGGGUUACACUUCCACCAGUUCCUAACCCGGAGGGCAAGAAGUUGAUGGGCGAAGGCCAUUUUGGAACUGACCAAUUCUACGGCGAUCGGCUCAGACAGCGCAAGAAGUUCUUAGCGACAAGCCUGAUGUGGCGAGAACUAGGCAUUGAUACCGAUGGAGUUCGGAAACGAGCUAGUCAAUCCAUCUCCCAGGGCCUCAUUCCAAGUUCGACUGCGGAUAAGAUCAUUCACUAUGAGACGCGAAGUUAUUCAGGCCAGUUCUCGGAUGACGGGAAUUUCUUUUUCUGCUGUGCACAAGAUUUCAAGGUUCGGAUGUACGACACAUCCAAUCCCUAUGACUGGAAAUAUUACAAAACCGUCGAUUAUCCGUUUGGUCAGUGGACCAUCACCGAUGCAACGCUGAGCCCCGACAACCGCUUCCUUGUCUAUAGCUCAAUACGAAGCCAGGCAUAUAUGGCCACGACAGACCCGGAGGACAAUUCAGACCCUACCGUUUUAGAUAUGUCUACUCCACCAGGCCAAAGUAGAAGACGGGGCUGGGGUGGUUCACAUUUUGGAAUCUGGUCUCUUCGAUUCUCCGGAGACGGACGUGAGGUUGUCGCCGGUACAUCAGAAGACUCGGUCAUCGUUUAUGAUCUAGAAACACGACAACCAGUUCUAAACCUACGGGAUCGACAUCAGCAUCAUGUUAAUGCUGUUUGUUACGGCGACACGUCAUCACCACACAUCCUGUACUCUGGAUCGGAUGACACGACAAUUCGAGUUUGGGAUCGACGGUCAAUGGGUGAUGGACGUGAAGCCGGUGCCUUUAUGGGCCACACUGAGGGAGUGACUUACGUUGACAGCAAGGGCGAUGGUCGAUACGUCUUAUCCAACAGCAAAGACCAAACUAUGAAGCUUUGGGAUCUGCGCAAGAUGAUGACAUCCGCCGAUAUGGAAAACAUCGAUCCAGUCGACUAUACAACAGGCUUCGAUUACCGGUUCGAGCAGUAUCCAGACCAAUAUCGCAGAAAUGCCAAGAAUGACUGCUCUGUUGUUACAUACCGGGGUCACCGAGUCCUCAAAACCCUGAUCCGCUGUCACUUCUCGCCACCGGGAAGUACAAACUCACGCUAUGUUUACAGUGGCAGUGAGGAUGGCAAGGUUUAUGUCUACAACUUGGAUGCUACCCUAGCCGGCACCAUUGAUGUUGGCCAAGCCACGCUUAAUUCUCGGCCACGUGAUCCAGAUGCCUAUGCUACAGCAUAUGAGAUGAGCGGAGAGAUGAUAUGGAGGACUUGCGUUCGGGAUGCAAGCUGGCAUCCAAGUGCCCCAGUACUAGCAGCAACUUCUUGGAAUGGCUGGGGCUUAUCUACUGGCACUUGUACCGUGCAUUCUUGGAAUGCCGGUGCUGCUAAAGACGAGGGAGACCCACCGAUUGGAAAGAGUUAUGACGAUAGACUACGAUAUAUCCCCGAAUUCGACGAAUACCGCGAGAACGCACCAUAUGGUCGACCCCGGCGUCCAUUGCGCAGUCGGCCUGUUCGUAGAUGGGUUGGUGAAACGGAAUCAGAGGAUGCAAUGUGGUAA